UACCGAAGACGCUCGAAACCCAUUGCGCUGUCUUCCCCUCGCCUCGUUCUCUCUCACUUGCUCUCCCUUCCUCUCUCCUUUCUUCUCUGCAACCUGCAGUCACCACUAACCAAUAACAAACCUAAAUUUUGUUUUUAUUUUAUUUAUUUAUUAAUUUAUUUUUUUUAUAAUCGUCUGUCUCCAAGAGAGCUCUCUGCUAACCAAUUUGGGUUCUCUAUUGAUCCAUUCAAGGCCACUGAAAAAUAUUUGAUUUUUGCUAACUGUGUGUUCAGUUCAUGGCUCUCUUUCAUUAGAAAUCCAUAUACAGAAGUGAAUUUAGGGACUGAUAACAACUAUAGAUUGGUUAUACAUUUACUUGAAUUGUGCAAAGAUCGCGAGUGUGUAAUGGCGAGCAAACAAGUAACCAAGCGAGUCAAAUACAAGACCUCUCUCAAGGACCCUGGCACUCCGGGUCGUCUUUUACUGACUAUGGAGAAAUUGGCAUUCAGGCCUAAUAACCCUAACUCAGCUUCAAAGCUUGACAUGGACUUUAAAUACGUUACAAAUCACAAAAAUACUAAAGAGGGAUCAGCGAAAGCAAUGCUUAAUCUUACCUCAAAUCAGGGGGUAAGUUACAUUUUUGAGUUUGAAAAUCAUGAUGAUCUUCGAAUUUGCAAAGAGAUUGUAGGAAAAGCCCUUUCAAAGCUUGGAGAUACUCCGAAACCUCCAGAUGCACCAGAAGUUCCUUCUGAUCAACCUAGUACAGAAGAACUGCUUCUUCGAAUGAACCUGCUUCGGGAGAAUCUAGAGUUGCAGAAACUUCAUAAGCAGUUUGUGAGUGACAGAGUGUUGACAGACUCUGAAUUUUGGGCAACAAGGAAGAAGUUGCUCAAUGGAGAGUUCAGCAGAAAGUCAAAGCAACGGGUGGGUCUUAAAAGUGUUAUGCUUGCAGAUUCUAAGCCAUUGAUUGAUGGACAGACAAACAAGGUUACAUUUAAUUUGACACCGGAGAUUGUACGUGAGAUCUUUGCAGAGAAACCAGCAGUUCAUCAAGCAUACUUGAGUUUAGUUCCUAAUAAGAUGUCAGAAAGGGAUUUUUGGACCAAAUAUUGUAGAGCUGAAUACCUCCAACGUUCAAGAAAUAUUCACGCGGCAGCAGCAGAGGCUGCAGAAGAUGAGGAGCUUGCUCUUUUUCUAAAACCUGAUGAUAUCUUGGCCAGUGAAACUAGGCAGAAGAUCAGAUGUGUGGAUCCAACUCUAGACAUGGAAGCUGACCAAGGGGAUGAUUAUACACAUCUGCCAGAUCAUGGAAUUGUUCGUGAUGGCAGCAAGGAUGUAAUAGAGUCACAGCAUGAACCAUACAGAAGGACUUUGUUACAAGAUCUCAAUCGCCAUGCUGCUGUUGUUCUUGAAGGAACAGCUAUAGAUGAUGAACAGCUACAAGACACAAAAGCUGUAGCAGAUGCACUUGCUCGGUCAAAACGGGGUAUUAAAACAAUUAACCGAGAGGCCGACGGGAAUGCUAACCAGGAAAGAUCGAAUAGAAUUUCGCAAAUGAUGGAAAUUGAGGAUCUUCAAGGAUCAAAUGAUCAUCAUUUAGCACCACUUUGCAUUAAGGAUCCACGGGAUUAUUUUGAUUCUCAACAAGCUAGCGCACUUAAAAAUUCAAGAGAUAUUCCUUCUGGAACAGAAGCUGCUAGAUGCAGCUUGAGCUCCCAAGAAGCAUAUGCUUCUUUGAGGGAUUCAAUUACUCAAACUAAAGCCAUGGGACUGAAUGAUCCAAUAGUUAAACCUGAAAUUGCUACAAAGGUUCUUUCCAUACUGACACAUAAUAUCUCAAGCACCAAAUAUCAUCUUGGAAAGAACUCUAGGGAGAGUGUCUUGGACAGGUUGCCAAAUACGAUAAAGGAGGAACUGCUACAUCACUGGAUGUCCAUUGAGGAGUUGCUGAGACAUUAUUGGUCAUCCUAUCCAAUCACUACUGCAUAUCUUUAUGCCAAGGUAAGUAGACUCAAGGAUGCAAUGUCAAAGAUUGAUUCGCAGCUACAGGAGAUGAAGGAAUCUGUGCAGUCAGAUCUUCGGAAUCAGCUUACACUCCUUAUUCGUCCAAUGCAACAGGCUCUAGAGGCAGCCAUGCAACAUUAUGAUGCAGACUUGCAGAAGAGAUCAGCAAAGAGUGCAGAGAGACCAAAUGGUUAUGCGUAGAGAAAAUUUUCUGGUGUCAAUUUGCGGGCAUUAUGUGGUGACACUGCUGGUUGUGACUAUCAGUGCGGCAGCUAGAGAGACCAAAUGGAUUUUUCUGGAGGGAAUGUUCCUCUGCCAAUUUGCGGGCAUUAUGUGGCAAUGCUGUUGGUUGUGGACCAUCUCCCCCUGGCAAGUGUAUAUUACAUCAAUUUUGUUCUGAGCUGAUAUGCUGGAUAUUAAAGAGCCUGUGCUAUUUCAUGCUAUAAAUGUUUAUCAUAAAAAGGAACUUUUAUGCAUAAAGCACAAACAAAUAAAAAAAAAAAAGAGAGAAAUUCGCAAAUAUUGUUUGGACUUUUAUGUACAAGUGGUUCCUGAUGGGGUCUUGAAAGGUAAACAUGCAUACAUGUUUUGAUAA